AUGGAUGACAUCGUGAAGGAGCAGAAGGAGAACAAAGACAGAGAAGGAGAAGUUGAGGAGAAUGAGGAUGAGUUGGAAAUGAUGAAGAUGUUUGGGAUUCCCACCAUAUUUGACUCUACCAAGGGGAAACUGGUUCCUGGUGCUGAUGUUAAUGACGUCAGUGCCAUCACCAAGCGCCAACUAUGCCAGUAUAUGAAUCGCCGCAACGAAUUUAAUCGCCCAUUGCUUGUUGAGAGGAAUCUUGUGCUAGGGUUUUCUUUUAUUCAUACAAUGACGAUUAAUAACAAAUUAGCAACAACAAUGUUUGUGGAUUUGUGA